AUGAAAAGCACACUUGCAGCUUCUUCAGGUGAAGUGUCAGUCCCGAUCGCAGUGAGAAAAGUGGUCGGCAAAUGGCUCUUUGGUUGUGCAGGAAUGGUUUUUGGAGCCGUCGUUUUAGGCGGAGUUACAAGAUUAACUGAGUCUGGUCUCUCGAUGGUUGAUUGGAAAUUACUCAAAGAUAUGAAGCCUCCCCGAACACAAGAAGAAUGGAUUGAAGAAUUUGAAAGAUAUAAAUUGUUUCCUGAAUACAAAUUUGUAAUCACCGAAAGAGAGAUGACACUAAAUGAUUUCAAGUUCAUUUACUACAUGGAGUACGCACAUCGUAUGUGGGGUCGUUUAACAGGUGUUGCUUUUAUCCUGCCUGCAAUAUAUUUCUGGAGAAAGGGCUACUUCGCUGCUGGUAUGAAGUCGAAGGUCGUCGUUAUGACAGCACUUUUGGGAUUUCAAUCAAUUGUUUUUUUUUUUUCUUUCUUUUUUUUUUUUCUCUGUCAUUCUUCUUUCUUCUUUUCUUCAUUUUUCUUCAUUUUUUUUUUUUUUUUUUUCUUUUUUUUCUUUUUUCUUCUUUUUUUCUUUUUUCUUCUUCUUCUUCUCUUCUUCUUCUCUUCUUUUUUUUUUUUCUUCUUUUUUCUUCUUCUUUAUGUUUCUUCUUCUUCUUCUUCUUCUUCUUCUUCUUUUUUCUUCUUCUUUUUCUUCUUCUUCUUUUUCUUCUUUUUUUCUUUUUUUUUUUCUUUUUAA